GCCGCCGUACCGUUCCAUUUUGCGCAUGCGGUUUAGCUGCCGUUGAAGCGCCUGCCCUUAACAGCCAUGGCGGCCCUUUGGCGAAGGUGCUGGGCGCUUCCUGGAGGGCGAUGCAGGUGCUUCUCUCUUUCAUUUGAACGCCUCAGCUCUAAAGAUGAAGAACCAACAAGAUUUAAGCCACCUCCAAAACCAGUCAUUGUGGAUGAGUCAAAACUUCAUUCAACAGAAAGACAGUUCCUUAGUCCUGAAUUCAUCCCGCCUCGGCAGAGAACAAAUCCUUUAAAAUUCUACAUUGAAAGGAGAGAUAUGGUCCAGAGAAGAAAAGUAAUGAAUAUUCCAGAAUUCUAUGUUGGAAGCAUACUUGCUGUAACUGCGGCAGAUCCCCAUGCCAAUGGAAAGACUAGCACUUUUGUAGGACUUUGUAUUCAACGAUCAGGAAAAGGACUUGGUGGAACUUUUAUACUUCGAAAUGUAAUAGAAGGACAAGGUAUUGAAAUCUGCUAUGAACUAUACAACCCUUUAAUACAAGAAAUCAAGGUUCUGAAAUUGGAGAAAAGAUUGGACGAUAAUCUGAUGUAUUUACGAGAUGCCCUUCCAGAGUACAGCACUGUUGAUGUUAACAUGAAGCCUGUAUCAAUUCCAGUUAACGAAGAAGUUCCUGUUAACAAGAUGAAGGUCAAAAUGAAACCAAGACCCUGGUCAAAACGAUGGGAGCAUCCAAAGUUCAAUAUCCAAGGCAUCAGUUUUGACUUAUAUCUUAAUGAAAAAGCCAAAGAAAGAGUAGAAAAAUGGAAAAUGCCUUGGAGGGAAUUUGAUUUCAUGAAAGAGUAUGAUACAUCAAAAAUUGAAAAGGAAAUCUGGAAAGAAGUGAAUGAAGAUUUGGAAAGGAAGGUAUAAAAAUAAUAGAAGAAAGACUAGCAUAAUUCAUUUUAUUGUUUUUUCAUUUAUUAUCUCUUGAAAAUUGUCCGUGUAUAUGAAGCAUACUGAAACAUUUGUGCUAAAAUGUAAGCCACACCUAUUGACUUCAAACAAUGACUGCUUAUUUAUAUUA